CUUCUCUCACCACACUCUCUUUGUCCCCCCCCCCCUUGCGAUGGCAGCCCUCACCUCGACGCUGCUCAAGUGCGUGGUCAUUGGCGAGUCUGGCGUGGGCAAGACAUCACUGCUGGGACGGUACAUCGAGGGCGAGUACCAGGCAUACCGGUCGACCAUCGGUUGUGACCUCCGCAACAAGAACAUCGAGGUCGACGGCUCGGAAGUGACGCUGCAGAUCUGGGACACGGCAGGACAAGAAAAGUUCCAGUCGCUGGCACGGCCGUUCUAUCGCGGCUCUGAUGCAUGUGUGCUGGUGUUUGAUGUGACGUCGGCGGCAUCGCUCACGGGCCUCGACUACUGGCGCAACGAGUUUCUGCAAGGCGCGUUUGUGGCGGAUCCGGCGUCGUUUCCGAUGAUUGUGUUUGGGAACAAGGUCGACGAAGAACAGGAGGCGUGGGCGGUGACCAAGGCCGAGGCCGAGGCGUGGUGCGCCAAGCACGGCAUUCCGCUGUUCAUGACGUCGGCCAAGAACGACAUUGGAGUGAGCGAGGGCUUUGAAGCCGUGGCACGGGCGUGCAUGCUGAGCGACCAAGCAGACGAGGUGGACACGACGGUAGUUCAGAUCCAGCGACUGCAGCCGCAGGCCAAGUCUGGCGGGUGCUCGUGCUAGUGGGAGAACGCUUGUGGUGUACACGUUUCAUUGCGCUCCGCGGGCUGGGUGACCUCGGCGGGGCAAGCGCAUCCGGGCAGGGGCUACUACGGCGACGGCAUGGGCUGGCCGGCGAUGGCGGCAAGAAGCUCGGGCGGAUGGCAAGCGCGCUCGGCCUCAGUAAAGUCAAAGAUGGUGGUGA